AACUAAAGAUCCACAUGUGAUAAUAGAAGAGAAGGAUGCGAGCGUCUUGGAAGGGCUGAGUCGAAAAUAUGGCCCAGGACAGCUCAUUGAAUAUUUGAAGAAAUUACCUAUGACAAGUUUGCCAAAUCUUCGGUUACAGAUCACAAAA